AAUGCUUUGUCAUAACAUCGAGUUGAAUAAGAAGACUCAAAGAAAAAACAACAUGGCUUUGCGAAACUUGUCCCAAAUAGGCCGAAAGAUUUUUGAAAGAAAUGUUAUGAAAACUAGUAAUAUUUUUGCAGUGAGUACUCGAAAUAUUAAACAGGUUACCCAAAAUGAAACACCGGACGGAACUGUAGUGAUUGCCGGGUCUUACCUCCCAUCUUCCAGAGUUACCCAGCUAGUUACAGUCAAAUUAGAUAGUGAGGGACACUGCAAUUCCUGCUGUUACAUGUGUAAACUCAAUCUAGAUGUGAAACACACAGAUGUUCUCAUUCUAAGUCAGUUUGUAAGAACUGAUGGGUGUAUGUUGCCCCGCAGAGUAACCAAUCUAUGCAAAAGACAACAGAAGCGUAUUGGGACCAUGGUGACUAUGGCACAGAAGGCUGGACUGAUGUCAAACAUCAACCCGUCUUGGAGCCAUAAAGACCCCAGAAAAAGAUUUCAACACAAGAAGUGGAAUUCUUAUUGGGAUGAAACAACAAUUAAAUGCUAGUAUCAAAGUCAACAAUGCAGUGUAAUAAAAGAGCAUUCAUAAAUUU